AUGCCGGUCCAGGUCUACUCAUUCUACAUCUUCGACAGACACACCGAGUGCAUAUACACCAAGCUCUGGCUCGCGCCGUCUGGAUCCUCCUCGGACCUAGUCCCGCCGCCGCCGUCGUCGUCGUCGGCGGCGGGCACGGCUCCGGCCCCGACUGCGCAGCAAAAGUCGCAAAAGCUGACGCAGACGCAGAGGCGAGCCAACGACGACGCCAAGCUGAUCUUCGGCACCGUCUUCAGCCUGCGGAACAUGGCGCGCAAGCUGGGCGGGGACGACGACGCCUUCAUCUCGUACCGGACGGGCCAGUACAAGCUGCACUACUACGAGACGCCCUCGAACCUGCGCUUCGCCAUGCUGACGGAGCCCGGCGCGCCCGGGAUGCGCAACGUGCUGCACCAGAUCUACAUCAACCUCUGGGUCGAGUACGUGGUCAAGAACCCGCUGUCGCCCGUGGAGCACAAGGGCGGCGAGGGGGUCAGGAACGAGAUGUUUGAGAUGGGGCUCGACAAGUUUGUCAGGGGCUUGAUGUGA